AAAUUUGUACAUUUGUAGUAUUCUUUCUUAGCCGAUAGCAUCAUAUAUCUUCGAUUGUACAAAAUCAUUAAAAGUGGAAAUACUUAAAAAAUGGCGUCAAAAGUACCAGUGGUCAAAUUGUUAAAUGGAUACACUAUUCCACAGAUCGGCUUAGGAACUUGGAAGUCUAAGCCCGGUGAGGUGACACAAGCUGUGAAAGACGCCAUCGACAUUGGAUACAGGCACAUAGACUGCGCACACAUAUACGGCAACGAGAGAGAAGUUGGCGAAGCCAUUGCGGCUAAAAUUAAUGAGGGGGUCGUUAAAAGAGAGGAUCUGUUUAUAACUUCCAAGUUGUGGAACACCUACCACCGACCGGACCUGGUCCGUGGAGCCCUGCUGACCACCUUGAAAGACUUGGGUCUCAAAUAUCUUGACCUGUACCUCAUACACUGGCCGCAAGCUUAUAAGGAAGGCGGCGACAAUUUCCCGACGGACGAGAACGGUAAAAUCCUGGUCUCCGACGUUGAUUACGUGGACACGUGGCGGGCCAUGGAGCCCCUGGUCGGCGAGGGUCUCGUGAGGAGCAUCGGCUUGUCCAACUUCAACAAGAGACAGGUGCUCAGGGUGGUGGAGAUAGCUUCAGUCAGACCUGUCACUAAUCAGGUGGAGUGCCACCCGUACUUCAACCAGGCGCGUCUGAAGGCGUUCUGCGCUCAGCACGGUAUAACUAUCACGGCUUACUCCCCGCUGGGCUCCCCGGACAGACCCUGGGCUAAGCCGGAGGAUCCGCAGCUGUUGCUGGAUCCCCAGCUGGUGGCCAUCGCCCAGAGACUGGGGAAGACUGUCGCUCAAGUUGUUCUGAGGUACCAGAUUGAACGCGGCAACAUCGUCCUCCCGAAGUCUGUGAACAAGGAUCGUAUUGCGAGCAACUUCAACAUCUUCGACUUCAAAUUGUCUCAGGAAGACGUGUCGCUGCUGGACAGCUUCGACAGACCCAACGGGAGGCUGGUUCCUAUGACCGCUUCCUAUGGACACGAGCACCACCCGUUCGAAAAUGAUGAAUAUUAAGCAGGACCAUUAUAUUGCACGACAGGGCCAUAAUAAACCAGUGUAGAUUAAAAAAAUGUAUUUUUUCUGUAUAAUGCACUGUUAUAUUUUUAUGUAAAUAAAUGUUACUCGUCGAAAA